GUUAGUUUUUUUUGGUAUGGUAAUUGCAUGGUUAAUUAUUGAGAGGGGAGGGGGUAGAUCUUGGAUGACUUUGGGUAUUUAAGGAAGGGAAGGUCACACUUCUUCCCUGUCCCAAAGACCCACAGCUCUUUCCCUUCUCUUCUCCCCCAUCUGCAUAGAACUAGAGUGGAAGCAGUUUAGAAGGUUACGGCAUUAGCAGAAAAAAUGGUGAAGAUUUGCUGCAUUGGAGCUGGCUAUGUUGGUGGCCCAACUAUGGCCGUCAUUGCCCACAAGUGUCCAUCCAUUGAGGUAGUUGUCGUCGAUAUCUCUGUCGCCCGAAUCACUGCAUGGAACAGCGAUCAACUUCCGAUCUACGAGCCUGGCCUCGAGGAUGUGGUCAAGCAGUGCAGGGGAAAAAACCUCUUCUUCAGCACUGACGUUGAGAAACAUGUCUGCGAGGCUGACAUCAUCUUCGUCUCAGUGAACACACCUACCAAAACCCGUGGCCUUGGGGCAGGCAAGGCCGCCGACCUCACCUACUGGGAAAGCGCUGCUCGCAUGAUUGCCAACGUCUCCAAGUCUGACAAGAUUGUGGUCGAGAAAUCCACUGUCCCAGUGAAGACUGCUGAGGCCAUUGAGAAGAUCCUAACCCACAACAGCAAAGGAAUCAACUACCAGAUCCUCUCCAACCCAGAGUUCCUUGCAGAGGGUACGGCAAUCCAGGACUUGUUAAAACCUGAUCGGGUACUAAUCGGCGGCCGGGAGACUCCGGAGGGCUGCAAGGCUGUUCAGGCACUGAAAGCUGUGUAUGCCCAUUGGGUGCCUGAGGAUCGGAUCCUAACAACCAACCUGUGGUCUGCAGAGCUGUCCAAGCUCGCAGCCAAUGCCUUCUUGGCACAGAGGAUCUCCUCUGUCAACGCCAUUUCGGCACUCUGCGAGGCCACUGGGGCCAAUGCGUCUGAGGUGGCCUAUGCCGUGGGGAAGGACUCGAGGAUUGGUCCUAAAUUCUUAAAUGCCAGUGUUGGGUUUGGAGGGUCCUGCUUCCAGAAGGACAUCCUUAAUCUGGUCUACAUCUGUGAGUGCAAUGGUCUGCCUGAGGUGGCUAACUACUGGAAGCAGGUCAUCAAGAUCAAUGACUACCAGAAGAGCCGGUUUGUGAACCGGGUUGUGUCCUCCAUGUUCAAUACCGUUUCUGGCAAGAAGAUUGCGGUGCUCGGGUUUGCUUUUAAGAAAGACACCGGUGACACGAGGGAGACCCCGGCAAUUGAUGUUUGCAAGGGUCUCUUGGGGGACAAGGCCACAAUUAGCAUCUAUGAUCCGCAGGUGACCGAGGACCAGAUCCAACGUGACCUUGCGAUGAACAAGUUCGACUGGGACCACCCGAUCCACCUGCAGCCGAUGAGUCCGACAGCCGUCAAGCAGGUGUCGGUGACAUGGGAUGCUUAUGAGGCUACCAAGGGGGCCCAUGGUGUCUGCAUCCUGACCGAGUGGGAUGAGUUUAAGACCCUGGACUAUCAGCGGAUCUAUGACAACAUGAAGAAGCCAGCUUUCAUAUUUGAUGGGCGCAAUGUGGUGGAUCCAGAGAAGCUUAGGGAGAUUGGAUUCAUUGUGUACUCAAUUGGGAAGCCACUGGACCCAUGGCUCAAGGAUAUGCCCGCUGUUGCCUAAUGGAGGACUGCUGUAGAAGGGGGAUAGGAAUAAGGAAUAUCUCAUGGAACCCAGUUGGAGCCUCAUGUUGUAGUCCCAGUUCAAAUUGAUGAUUCUUUAUAGCUUAUUGUUUGCAGGGCAGAGUUGAUAUUCUUAUGGUUUAUUGUUUUUGGGUUAUGGUUAACUAGGAUAUGGUGGUCAUUUUCAUGUUUAUCUGCAGCUUCUAUACUUAAUUGGCAUUAUUGUUACUUCAAAAGAACUUUUAAGUCGAAAUGUUAUCUGUUAGUAUACAUCUUUUCUGCCUCUAAUAUUCCUACUAUUCAAGAAAUAUGAUUGCAAGGGCUUAGUCCUA